AUGUGGGGCGACCUCCCCACUCUCCUUGACGCACCCGUCUUUAAUGUCGAGACCGACGUUUUUACACUAUCAUUUGGAGACUCGUGGCGGUUGUACACACGUGGUCAAUUUACGGCCUUCAAUCAGCACCGCCCAAAAAUCAAUGAUGCCUGGCGUUCUUGCAAGCAACUCAAAACUCUUGACGAUACCAUAGCUUUCUUCAAUAGUACAGAUUGGGCAGCCUUGGAUGAAGGAUGCGGCGCUGAUGCCGUUCUGAAAUCUGAUUUCACCCUUACAGAAGCUCCAAUCCAGGAGGCAGACUGGACGCAUGUCGUUCUAUCACGCUCUGAUAGGGGUAUCCUUACAAACUGUCGAUCUGCAAAUAACAGUGUACAGAUCCGUCAUAAAUGCCGGGAAGCUAUGCGAAAGAUCACCUCCGAACUCGUAAAUUCCAACCGCACAUCACCCUUCUCUUUGCCUCCAGUCGAAUCUCGCCCGCUCAAACUCUACCAACCAGAAGACAAAAGAGAGAUGUGCUCCUACUGGCUCCCGCAAGACCAACAAUGGUGCGUGGCGAAUUCCAUAUCGGAGGACGUCGCAUGGUGGGUUCACGUGGCCAACAGCAAUGGGUCAAUAGGUAAAAAGUACCUCUACUCUACUGCCAAUUCCCAGCGUGACACGGCAGCAGAGAUUCAAGUCAUUGAGUCCGCUCUUUUCCAUCUUCAAAACUGGAAGCACCAAAACUUGACGGUCUUGUUUGAUCCGGACGUAGAUGACCGGGCUUUAAAAGUAGGCCGGGGGGUUAUUGAGGUAUACGAAAAUAGGAAUGACGGAGACGAAGAAUCGAAGGGAAUCAUCAUGCGAUAUGUCAACCUGGCAUAA